UUCUUCAAUUAAGAGAGAGCACGAGGCUGAGAGAGUAGAAAAAUAUAAAAUUUCAUAAUCUAGUUUAUUUGUGUAAUACUUAUAGUUAUGCAUUAUACCAACAGAUUAUGAUAAUGUUUUUCUGGAUUGAUCCAGAUACAGAGUCGGUUUAAAUUAAAAUAUUUAUGCCUUUCUAGAAUUUUAUUUUAAUGUUUUAAUAAUAAUUUCAGCAACUGAGCUUUUAAAGGAGAACAACUAAAACCGAAACUUGCCAAACUUUGAGAAGUAUUAGGGUUUUUGGAGUAUCAAAAAUUUCAAUCCUUGAUUAAAUUAUGGAAGAAUCAAUAAACGAGAUCCUCCCUCCACGUCUGGAAGACGCAGGCCUCGAAGACUGUGCUCUACCUCCCGAUUCAAUUAAAGAAGCUUUUUUUAAAGCAGCCUCCGCCGUUAAGUCACGCGUCACCUCAAUCUUGACCAGCGACGACGAAGAUGAAGAGACCGAUUGUGUGCAAGACCCUUGGCCUGAUGAAGCUAAAGAGUUCGUCGACGGCGCCCCCUGGCCGGAAUCUGCUGUGCCGGACAGUUUGACGGGAGUAGAGAGUGGGGCAGAUGCGCCGGGCCCGUGUGUGGCGGAGAAGGGUGGGGGAGUGGUGGAGGAGGGUAAGGACAAGGUGGUGGUGGUUGGCGGUGAUGACGUGAAGGAGAGAGAAAAAGAAAAGGAGUGUGUUAAUGAAGGGUUAAAAGGGUUAAAGAUUGGAGGAGAGAAGAAGAAAGGAGAAAAUGGGGGUGAUGAGGAGGAGAAAGAAGAAGGUGAGAGGCCAAUUUUGACUGAAGGUUUUGUGUAAAAACCCAAUUACAAAAAAGUUUAUCCCAAUUAGAAAAAAGUUUAUAGUAUCUGCGUUUUUGUUUCUAAUAUAGUUAUGUAGUACUCUAGUGUUUGUUUCAUUGUGUUGUUUGUACAUGAGCUAAUCUUGUUGUAACACUUGUAUUGUUUAAUCUGAACUUAAGUGAAUGUUUCAGUCUGUGAACUUGUUCUUGUGUUGUAUAUGAAUAUAUUAGAUGUUCUAUUA